GUACAUGAUCUUCUUUAAGCCGAGGCCAAAUGUAGUAGGUGCUCCCACAAGCCACUGCCGGACAUCAAGGGCAAAAAGCGGAAGGAGACAUCAUGUCUCGCAUGUGGACUCUGCAGGCUAAACGACUUGCCUAAUCGAGCAAUCUAAAACUUGAUGUUCGCGCAGAUCCCACAAUGAUCAACCAAUGCCGAGAUCAGACCGGCUUCCCUGGCCCUGAUUCGAUCCGAGAUAAGCUUAAUUUAAUUAAGCCUGGCCAACUUUCGGCAGAGUGUUCUCCAAGAGGCAGCUUGAAAGCUUGAUAGACAUCUCUCAGGGUUAUCAGUGCCGGAAGCUAAGGGUCAGUAGAUUGCCGACCAGAUUUGCAAAUGGACUGCCCACAGGAAUACAUAAGAGGCUGUUAGCCCAUCAUACAUACGGUCUGCUCAACUCUUGCGAGGUGUCUACGAAAGUCAUUCGUUCAAAAUGCGUUUUUCGGGGUUCCUGCUUGUUGCAUUAGCCAUUUCGGUACGGUCUUCACCAACUGCCGAAGCCACUGUAGACAAUGAUUUCGCAUCGAGCGUUGUUGAGUCAAUUGCAGGUCCACCUUCAGGAUGGAUCCGAGACGAGGGAGCCAAUCUUGACAAAGAUUCGCAUAUGAUAAAGUUGCGCAUCCAUCUUGCUCACCAAGACAUGGACAAGUUUCACGAUUUGGCGAUGCAGAUUGCAACUCCCGGUCAUGAGCUUUACGGAAGUCACCUGACUCAACAAGCAAUCGAUGAUAUGAUCGCUCCAAAAGAGGACUCAAGUAGGCUUGUCAUGGAGUGGCUUGAGACUGAGGGACUAAGCAGCCAUGCUUCGCUAUCACGGAGAUCGGACGCAAUCAUUGUAGAUGCAAGCGUUUCAAAGAUCGAGACACUGCUAAAAGCAAAUUACAUGCCAUUUAUUGAGAAGGAAACUGGAGAGAGCGCAGUCAGGACCCUGGAAUACAGUCUGCCAGAUGCGCUGAAAGGACAUGUCGACAUGGUCCAACCCACAACUUUCUUUGGCCUCAAAGCCAUGCGAUCCACUAUUUCCGAGCAUCACGCACUGGACUCGUCCGAAUUAAAAGCUGGAGUUGCUCCAAGCGGAGCAGCAAUCCAAGCAGUAGCUGGCUGCACUGGAAGUACGAUCACACCCAAGUGUCUUUCGAACCUUUAUAGCUAUGUUUCAGCAACCGCUUACAGCAAUGGCUUGAUGGGAAUCGCUGGCUUUCUGAAGCAGUGGCCCUUCAAGUCAGACCUCACCACUUUCAUGAAGAGCUAUGCAACUCAAGGCAAUGCAGCUCAGUCAUUCACAUGCACGCUCAUCAAUGGAGGAACAUGUCCGCAGACAGGAACCCCUGGCAUUGAAGCCAAUCUUGACGUCCAAUAUGCUCGUGCGAUCACUGAGUCAAUUCCAAACGUCUACUACAGCGUUGGGGGAUCUCCUCCUUGGUUGGGUACCGGAACAAACACCAAUGAGCCAUACCUCGAGUUCUUGAACUACCUGCUUGGCCUGGACUCCUCAGCACUUCCAAACACAAUCUCCAUCUCAUACGGAGACGACGAAGCAACUGUACCCCUAGACUACGCCACCAACGUAUGCAACCUUUUCGCCCAGCUCGGCGCUCGAGGUGUGUCCGUUCUCGUCGCAUCCGGAGAUUCAGGCGUAGGCACCACAUGCAAGACCGGCUCAACAAAAACAUUCACGACUUCAUUCCCAGCCUCAUGCCCAUGGGUUACCACCGUAGGAGGAACAACAGGAAACAGUCCCGAGGGAGCAUGGUCCGGAUCCGGCGGCGGUUUCUCCAGUCGAUUUGGCCAGCCGAGCUACCAAACUGCCGCAGUCAACAAAUGGCUCACAACAGACACCACACAUACUGCCGUCAACGCAUAUUUCAACAAAUCCGGUCGUGCGUAUCCUGACAUCGCAGCGCAAUCCACAAAUUUCGUUAUCGUCGCUUCAGGAUCUGCUCAAUCUGUCAGUGGAACGAGCUGUGCUUGCCCAACUUUCGCAAGUAUCAUCCAGCUGCUCAAUAGUGAUCGGCUCUUGGCCGGAAAGAAACCACUGGGUUUCUUAAAUCCCUGGCUGUACAAUAAUGCGACUGCUGGGUUGACGGAUAUCAAGACAGGGAAGAAUACGGGGUGUAGUGGAGUCAUAAGUGGUGCUGGGUUUUCUGCUGUUGCUGGCUGGGACCCUGCUACUGGCCUUGGAACUCCGAUUUACACUUCUCUUCUGGCGAUUUCGAAGACGACGUAAAUUUUAGGCGAGAGUGCCAUUUUCGAGUGGCAAAUGUCAUGAUUAUUUACUACGGUAUUUCGUUGGGAUGUGGCACAGCCACUCUGUUUUUAUGCACACAUAUCUUCAAGAGAGAUCUUGUGCGAAAAACGGCUUCAAUGGCACAUUUUAGUCAUGAUAGCGCUACAUUUGUGCGAUUAAAAGUGAAAGGACUAAUUUGCUCCAAUGAUGAUAUCGAAACCCCACCACAUGGCAGCAAGCGAGCCCUGGACGUGCUGUAGUCAUACCGAGAACAUAAUAUCAUGAAUCUUGUCACCAUUAUGUAGACACUACCACUGUGUGGUAUGCUAUCGAUUGAUUGGCAAACGCCCCUUGUUUUGCGGCACAGGCUUCGGAGUGGGCAGCCAAGCUCCAAGCACUUGGCUAAACGGCACUUCAUUGUACCUUAUCCACUGUCAAGUAUUUGCGUGCCUAAGUAUGAG